AUGGAGGAAAAUGAAGAGGUAGCAAACCAACAAGAGCAAUCUACAAAGUCUCAAGUAUUUCCAAGUAAUAUUUUCUGUGGGCCUCUGCUGUUGAUAUGUAUGCCAGCUGUUCUCUUAUUUUACAGUAUAGCUGUUACUCUUGGAAUGAUAACUGCCAUGUCGGAUAGCUAUAUAAACAUUAAGAACCAUAAAAAUGUAGUUUAUACGGAUACUUCUGGUGGAGCCGGUUCACAAAAGUCAAUACUGAUGAUUCCUGGGUAUAGUAUAAAUAUUGGUAUGCUUUACUUCACUAUAGGACCAUCAUACUUUUCUCGAAAGACAUGGAAUUUGAUUCCAUUAAAUCCUUUACUGAAUGCUACCAAUACUAUAGAUCCAUUACUUCCAGAACUUAUUCGUGAUGCUUUUGUGAAGGUUCGUAGUGAUGCACUUCAGCUGGGGUUUGCAUCAGCGGAAACCUGUGGAGGUAUCUCUGCAGAUUCCGUAAUGGGAAGAAGUAAUUUUGUAGUGGCAGCUUUAGUUAUUGCCAUUAUUUUCUUAGCAGGUGUUGUUUCAGUAGGGGCUUAUUUUUUUGUCAUCUUAACUAAACCGAUUGCUCAGUUUGGUGGACAUGUAAGUACAUGCUGGGCGAGAAAAGAAGUUGAAUUGUAUGGAGGUGAGAGAGAAUUAAUUACUACGGCUAUUGUUCUUCGAGAGAGACAACGAAUGGAGCGAAUAUUAAUUAUUAUAAUGACUGUUUUUGGUAUAAUAGGAACUGUUUUCUUUAUGAUGGCAUUCGCAAUCAUGCAAAAUAUGUUUUCUUCAACAUUAAAAUGUCAACGACCAUUUUGUGAUACUUAUAAUCUAGCUAUGGAACAACUUUUUGUUCUUUUGCCCUCAGGAGGAUACACAUUUUCAUGUAAUACGGGAACUUCUUCUCGUACACUUCUCACAGGAAUUAUUAUGGCUUUUUUGGGAGUAGCAUUUUUAUUACUUAUUCUAGGGAUUCAUGUUGUUGUGUCUUGUUCAAAGUUUAAACUAUUAAAACCCUCCGCGGGAAGGCAUAUACCGCCUGAUGAGAAUACACUACGUAAUCCAAUGAGAUCUGAUAUGCCAUCUCCAAGUUCUUUGGAUUCCAAACAAGAGGUAACGGAAUCUUAUAGUUGGUUGGAAUCGGUACCUUCCCGUUUGCAACUAAGAAGGAGUGUGGAAGUAGCACCUCAUUCCAGGGAAUAUAUAGAACUUUCCUUACAAUGUAUAUUGGGUGAAACACAGAAAGGUGUAGAGCUUGAGAAGAAAUAUCUUGGGGAUCAAAAUGAAGAACAAGAGGAAUCCAUUUUAAUAAGAGCAGAAGAAAGUAAACGUACUAUUUUAUAUAGUGAAGAAAAUUUGGAAUUUAGAGCAAAAUUUCGUUGGAUUAAACGAAAACUUUGGUAUGGGGAAUUUAUGCGUCUGUUACACCUGCAAUCUCUUAAUUUGUAUUUUGCCCCUUUGCUAGACCUGCACGCCGAAGAAACAUUUUGCCGACAACAUUUAUGGAUUAAUAGUUGUAGUAAACUACAAAAAAAAUUAAGAGACCUAAAAUCAAACGCGGUUCACUGUGGUUAUUUUCGAAAAUAUAUAAAUUCAGUUAUAUCAGAGGUGGAAUUAACCAAAGAAGAAGGAUUGGAUUUAGCUUCUCACUACAACCCAGAGGAUGGUAUUUACAAGUACAAUGUACCAACAGAUGAGUGGCUUCGCGCUGCUGAUAUUACUCCUACUUCAAUGGAAAAGGGUGAUGGGGCAUUUGACUCCGCAGAUGCCAAAAAGAGUUUGGAAUUGUUAUACUCACCGAUUUCGGUUAAUGUUUCUUCCACAGAAUCGUUUGAAGAGGAUAAUCCUGUUCGUUUGUCACCAUUAGAAGACCUAAUUAAUAUCCCAUCAAGCUCCAAGGUCUCGUUUUCAAAUGAUUACUUUGAAGAAAAGUAUGCUGAUCUUGUACAAAAAGCUCAAAGGACAAGUCGUUUAACACAGAAAAAUUUUCAUGGGCUUGUAAAUGGAUAUGAUUAUAUUUACAGAGAUCCCUCAGUUUUUGCAAAUGGUUUCUCCGCUUCAUGUAGUGAAUCAUUAUAUAGACACUGUUAA